GAGGCGGUGGAGGGAGCGGUGGCGGCGGCGGCGGUGGUCGUAGCGGUGGCGGAGGAGGCGGGUACGAAUCAGCUGCGGGCGGAGACAUGGCCAACAUCGCGGUGCAGCGAAUCAAGCGGGAGUUCAAGGAGGUGCUGAAGAGCGAGGAGAUGAGAACAUUGAGAUUCAGAGAAGUUAAAUUAUUUGUCUGCAAACAUGCACUGUUGGGAUUUAGAUCUAAGUUUGCUGGUGUUUAUAUUGUACCAUGCUCUUCUGACUUGUCAAGUACGAGCAAAAAUCAAAUUAAAGUAGAUCUUGUAGAUGAGAAUUUUACAGAAUUAAGAGGAGAAAUAGCAGGACCUCCAGACACACCAUAUGAAGGAGGAAGAUAUCAACUAGAGAUUAAAAUACCAGAAACAUAUCCAUUUAAUCCCCCUAAGGUCCGGUUUAUCACUAAAAUAUGGCAUCCUAAUAUUAGUUCCGUCACAGGGGCUAUUUGUUUGGAUAUCCUGAAAGAUCAAUGGGCAGCAGCGAUGACUCUGCGCACGGUAUUGUUGUCAUUACAAGCCCUGCUGGCAGCUGCAGAACCAGAUGAUCCACAAGAUGCAGUCGUAGCAAAUCAGUACAAACAAAAUCCUGAAAUGUUCAAACAGACAGCUCGACUUUGGGCACAUGUGUAUGCUGGAGCACCAGUUUCUAGUCCAGAGUACACCAAAAAAAUAGAAAACCUAUGUGCUAUGGGCUUUGAUAGGAAUGCGGUAAUAGUGGCCUUGUCUUCAAAAUCAUGGGAUGUAGAGACUGCAACAGAAUUGCUUCUGAGUAACUGAAACAUAAAGAGAGAUGCUGAUAUAGUCAAGCUUGCCCCUUCUUGGAGGAGCAUCAACAUCUGUUAUUUUUAGGAUUCUGCAUAGAUUUCUUUUAAACUGGCAUUCUUGCCUAAUGAUGUUAUCUAGGCACCAUUGGAGACUGAAAAAAAUCCCUGCUCUGUAAAUAAAGCUAAUUAAACGUCUGUGUAAAUUUAAAAAGGGGAAAUACUUUAAUUUUUUUCUUACUUAAUAGUGUAAAAAUUCUUUUGAGCUAAGCUAAAACCAUGGAAAAAACAUGCUACUUUAGUGUUUAGCAGUAUACCAAGACUAGCAAGAGUUUGCUUCAGGAUUUUGUUGAAUAAUUAAGAUAAUAUUUUGAGUGUGUCAGGGCCAUUCAAAUUGUUGGUGUUGCAUCACAGCUACCUUAACUGUUUUUAACAUGGAUCCUCUGUGCCUGUGAAUUUACUUGCAUGCUUGUACUUGACUUCUUAGGAUGGGUAGCUGAAAAGACCACCAUUUUAAGCAUUUGAGAAUUCUUCAAUAUGAGACUUAUCCAGAAAUGAAGAUGGUGACCUAGUCAGAGCCUUUUUUGUCCUUGUCAACAGACUGGGACAACUUACCUGUUUUUCCCCUCUUUCCACACACAGCUAAUAUUCUAAUAUUAAAUUUCUUUAUAUUUGGUGGGGAAAUGUGCUGAAGGACAGUAUCCCUUGCUCCAUUUUAGGUCAUCCAUUUGGAAUGUUUUGUCACAGUUCUCCACUCUUAAAACUUUCCUAUUACUUAUAUAGGAAUAUAUACAAUAUAUAUACAAUAAUGUAAAAAUGGAGCUGCCAAUUUUGUUUCAUUUUUUUGGUAAAAACAGUAAAUACUUGAUGUUGCAGUAUUCCCAGAUUAAAUGAAAAGAACCCAGCUUAAUUUUUCGGUGAAUUUAACGUCUUUUGAUUUUUAAACUGAUGGAAUUUUUCUUUGAGAACUUGCAAGGAUGAAAUCAACUGCUUGCAGUUUUUUAGCCUGAUUUUGGCUUUAUAGAGAUUGCUUGCACUUCCCCUAUUAACGCGUGAAAGCUGUGUUGGUGUUUUACUGUACAUACUUCAGAUGCACAUAGGGAUAGAAGUGUGUUAUAAAUCUAGCUUUCUUUAUGGUGUUUCUGAUAAUAUGAGAAUUGAAAACUUUACCUUCUCCUGUACAUAGUCAGACUUUCUAUACGUAUUAAAGUUACACUUCACUCUAAGUUCAAAGUUUGAAAAUUAUUAGUUUUGCAAGCUCUAACACUAAUGUGAACAUUUUAUGAAGGGUGAAAUGGAUUUGUGUAGGCAGUUCUAUACAUAGAAACACAGUUCUUAUUAAAUAUUCAGGACCAAUGCGAAAAUAACAAAAAUGUAAUGGAAUCUGAAUGAAUUAAAGUAAGGCUGUAUAUGGAAAGUCAUAUUAUGAAAGGUUUGCUUUCUUCAAGUGUUAUUUAUCCUAAAUUAUAAUGGUUACAUGUUUGGAAAAUAGUUUUGAACCAUAAAUUCAGCAUAAUUUCAUUUGACUUCUCAAUAAUCUUAGAAGCAAUAAAAAGAACCAUUAUUAAAUAUAUUGUAAUGUUAAGAUGUGAAGGUUCUUCCAGAAACUUGUAAGGCUUUCCUAAUCAGUAGUGAAACUCUUGUAGUUGAUUAUUGCAUACUAAACACAAGUUGCUGUUUUUUUCCCCUGUGUUUGCCUAAGUAUAAAUUUCUUUAUACAAUCACCUCCUUUAAUUGUAAUUUAGUUACUUUCUAAAGAUGCCAAAGGAAAAAAGAUUUUCUUUAUUUAUUUUAAAUAGCUAAAACCAUGUACUUUUCUUUAUAUUUUGAGGUAAGGUUGGAAUUGUGUGAAAAUGUGGACAGUUUUGUUCCAUCGUUGUUUAGAAUUAAUUUUUUUUGUUGUUUAGUGGAGGGUGGCUUGGUAAUGUUAGUAAUAUUUGCAUUAUUUUAAAUAUCAAACACCUCUACCCAGUUUACUAUUUGCCUGUAUUAUCAGGGUAUAUUUAAUUGUCCUGUGGUUUGACAAAUGAGAGAGAGAACUCAGAAGUUACUAAGGGUCAAGCAUUGUAUACUUUGCUCUUGGAGGCAGCUGUAACUUGCCUAUGACUUUUAUGCACAUUAGCCCCUUAGGGUAUACUCAUCUAACUGCAGUUCAACAUCCCCAGUGCCCAGGAAAUGGAAAACUACAAUAUUUGGUAUGAGAGGUUCUCCAUAAUGGAUUUUCAUUUCAAAAAUUUACCUCAUUUACAUUUAAUGUGAUUAUCUGUUUUCUGGUAUAUUUCCCACUAUCGCCUUCUUACUGGGUGUUUUGGCUUUUUUUCCCCUAUUUUCUACAGGUAGAUUUAUUUCCCCAAACAGAAAUAAAGGCAGUUGCUUUUU